CCUCUUUUCAAUAUUCAACAUUCAGUGAUCAAUUCCGACUAUUUCAACGAUCUGCAUUCCCGAGAUUCCGCAACCAUUUCCGAGAACAUCACCGGAACCAUGUCAUCUUCGCACUGGAGGCCCCACGGCCUUGUCACGAAACAACUUCUAGAGGAAUCAUACCGCGCAGCCAAAGCAUCUGUUGACAAGGACGGAUAUAAUGCGAAAGAGCACUAUACUGUAACAUACUUCGAGGACCUGUUCAAUAAAGUCAUUUUCAGCAACGAUCAUUUCAAAGUCAACUCGCAAAUACCACCAGCAUCGAAGAAGGGGACCGAGAAGGCGUGCGAUCUCGUCAUCAAGUAUUUUGAUCAGGAUUGGCAAGGUCAAGUUCUCUGUUUUGCUGAGUGUAAACGGAGGGAAAAGACUAGCAGGUCUAAUAUCCGAGAUCUGGAGAUGCAAGCUCGAGGAUACUGCCAGGAUUACCUGGCUGCUAACUCCAAGACCGACGUGGUCUAUGCUUGUACCCUUGUUGGAGUCUGGGUGCGAGCUUGGAUAAUCGACAGAGACAUGGGCGGGUUCAAAGCUUUGUGGGGCGAGAAUAAGCUAGGCAUGUUUGAUAGCUACAAAGACACCGGUGCAGACGAGAAUAAACAACUUCUCGAAUGGGCGUUUGAGUCUAUGAAGUCGGUUCCACCUCAGGUAGUUCGCAUUGGCCAGAGUUACCAUGACAUUGGCAGCAAUAUCUAUGCUGUUCCUGGAGGAAUUCUUGGUUCAUCACCUGGAGCGGCUCCAGCACCUGCAGCCGCGGCUCAGACUCAGACCCCAGUCCAGGUGGACGUCUACGAGUCACAAAGUCUACAAGGCACCGUGUACUGUUUCACUGGCUCGGGCGGUAUGAAAGUUGAAACUCUGCCGGAGGAAUGGCAACAAGUCACGACUACCUCCAAUGGGGAGGCUAAUUAUUACUACAUGAACGCUAGAAGGUCUGUGUGGACUUGGCGAAUGGGGAGCGAGCAAAUGGGCAGUGAUCAAGACCCUAAAGGAAAAGGAAGGCAGCGGUAAUGGCUCGGAUUGUCAUGUCGGAGACUGAGGUACAAACCCAAAUGUUGUUCAGAGUGUUUUGGGCUUUUUCCUUACUUCGUUAUUGCUGCAAAGUUUGAAGUGGUAGCAAGUCAGGAUAUGAAGCAAGGGUUUUCUUAUUUUUGAAUUUGAAUUGGUUUUCUUAUUUUCGAAUUGGUUUGCUUUGAAUUUUGAAUUUUGAGACUCGUUGAAAUGCUUGUGAUUUGGCUUCCGUUUCCAGACCCGGACAUGCACACUGGCUAGCUGAUAGAAGGAGUCCAUUGAUGGAUCUUUGUGAUCGAUCAGAGACAUCCGCUGAUUAAGGUAAAAUGAAAAAGACUAUCAGAUGAAGGUCAAAAUUACAACCUCAUGAUGUCGAUGCAACAGUGCCG